GAUUUGUCCCGCUGUAGGGCGGGGAAGCGGCUGCGUCGCUGUACCCGGGCGGAGAGCGAGGCGGCGGGGAGCCUGGGAUGCCGCUGCUGAGCCGCUCCCUGCACAGCCUGACUCCGGAUCCGCCAGCCAGGUUCUGAACGGUGCCUGAACAGAAGUUAAAGAGCCAAGAGCUGCCCUCAGAGACGGGCUGCAGAAUAAUUAGUCACCAUGACGACAGAGACGGGCCCAGACUCAGAGGUGAAGAAUGCCCAGGAGGAGCCCCCGCAGCAGCAGCUGGAGGCAGCGGCAACCAGCCCAACCACGGUGACCACUGGCCCUGGCCCGACGGCCAACAACCGGGAAGCUGAGGCCAACGAGAAGCCCAGAGCCCAGGCCGACUCCAGAAGUGCGGAGCCGGGCAUGGAUUUGGAGGAGAAGGACUACAGCGAAACAGACGGUCUCUCUGAGAAAACCACGCCCAGCAAGACCCAGAAAUCCCCCCAGAAAAUUGCCAAGAAGCUCAAGAGCGCCACCUGCAGGGUGACCCUACUCGACGCCUCCGAGUAUGAGUGUGAAGUGGAGAAACAUGCCCGGGGCCAGGUGCUCUUCGACAUGGUGUGUGAGCACCUCAACCUCCUGGAGAAGGAUUACUUCGGCCUGACGUUCUGCGACUCUGACAGCCAGAAGAACUGGCUGGACCCUUCCAAGGAAAUCAAAAAGCAGAUCCGCAGUGGCCCCUGGAACUUUGCCUUCACUGUUAAAUUCUACCCACCCGACCCUGCCCAACUCACAGAGGACAUCACAAGAUACUACCUGUGUCUGCAGCUGCGGGCUGACAUCAUCACGGGCCGGCUGCCGUGCUCCUUCGUCACGCACGCCCUGCUGGGCUCCUACGCUGUGCAGGCCGAGCUGGGAGACUACGACGCUGAGGAGCAUGUCGGCAACUACGUCAGCGAGCUGCACUUCGCACCCAACCAGACCAGGGAGCUGGAGGAGCGCAUCAUGGAGCUGCACAAGACCUACAGGGGCAUGACGCCGGGCGAAGCGGAGAUCCACUUCUUGGAGAAUGCCAAGAAGCUCUCAAUGUACGGAGUCGACCUGCACCAUGCCAAGGACUCAGAAGGCAUCGACAUCAUGCUGGGCGUCUGUGCCAACGGCCUGCUGAUCUACAGAGACAGGCUGAGGAUAAACCGCUUUGCCUGGCCCAAGAUCCUCAAGAUUUCCUACAAGAGGAGCAACUUCUACAUCAAAAUCCGCCCCGGCGAGUACGAACAGUUUGAGAGCACCAUUGGCUUCAAGCUGCCCAACCACCGCUCUGCCAAGAGGCUCUGGAAGGUCUGCAUUGAGCACCACACCUUCUUCAGGCUGGUGUCCCCAGAGCCACCCCCAAAGGGCUUCCUGGUGAUGGGCUCUAAGUUCCGCUACAGCGGGCGGACGCAGGCCCAGACCCGCCAGGCCAGUGCCCUGAUCGACCGGCCCGCGCCCUUCUUCGAGCGCUCCUCCAGCAAACGGUACACCAUGUCUCGCAGCCUCGAUGGAGAGUUCUCGCGCCCGGCCUCCGUCAGCGAGAACCACGACGGAGGGGCGGAGCCCGAGAGGCGGGACGAGGACAGCGAGUACGGCGGGUGGCGACGCUCCGAGGCGGAGGAUGAGGUUGAGGAAGUGACGACCCCAACGAAAAUCAAGGAGCUGAAGCCGGAGCAGGAAACCACCCCCAGGCACAAGCAGGAGUUUUUAGACAAACCAGAAGACGUUUUGCUAAAGCACCAGGCCAGCAUCAAUGAGCUGAAGAGGACGCUGAAGGAGCCCAACAGCAAGCUGGUUCACAGGGACCGGGACAGGAGGCUGCCUUCAUCACCAGCCUCUUCCUCACCCAAGAAUGAGGAUGAGACGCCAAAGGGGACCCCGGAGAAGGCCAGUGAGAGGAUUGAAGAGGAUUCCCUAGAGGAGUUAUCAGCCGAGCACGGAGCUGCCUUAUCCAUGGAGUCUUUCACCCAGAAAAGCCUUGCCUCUUCUCCUGAGGGUUCAGAGCAUUGGGUAUUUGUAGAGAGAGAAACUUCUAGGCUGGAAGAGCUUGCUCUAGAGAAAGCUAUUGGAACCAAGAAAGAAGACGUACGUACAGGUACUUCAGAGGAGCAAAUAAGUGUGAGCUUAUCAAAAGUGGACAUUGCAGUAGGGAAAGCCAAAAAAGCAGUAGCACAAGAGGAACCAGCAAGUGUGACACUGGAUACCCAUGCAAGAGACAAAAUGAUUGCUAGUCCAGAGGAUUUUGAGUCUGUGUGGGAGGAUGAAGUGUCUGAGAGCGAAAUCAGAGAAGACCCCCUUUUGGAGGCAGAAAGCCAGCCAUCUGAGAAUGGCAAAGAGCAGAAGCCCAAGGAGGGAAAAGAAGAGGUGAUAACUAAUGAACUUGAGCAACCAGCUGGCUCUUUGGAAGGCCAAGCUGAGCAAAAUCAACAACCUGAAGAUUCCCAAGCAGAUGAAAGACCAAGGUCUGAGCCUUCUGGGCCAGAACCUCCAAAGAAAGAAAGGAAGGCUAUUGUGCAAGAGCCUGGGUCUGUCUCACCAGCUUCAGAUAAGGAAGAGUCCAUAAUACCUAGCCCAGCCUCUGAGGGUGUUAAAGCUAAUGUGGAGUCUAGUGAUGACGAGACAAUGUCUUCUGCUGCAGAGAGCAUCUUUUACUUAGGAGCUACAGGAGACAAAAAGGACAGUAAAAUCUAUCUCAGACUGGAAGAGGAAGAAAAGCCUUGUUCUGCUGAAAAAGAGGGCCUGGAGCGCAAAACAGACCUUUCCGAUGAAAAAGGGAAGAGCCCUGAGCUUGAACCAGCAUCUGACCCAACAGCUAUAAGGGGAAAGGACAAGUUCCAACCCACUUCCUCAGCAGGUGGUCAAGGAAAAUCAGAGCUGGAUGAAUCAGUUAUAGAAUCAGACCAAGCUGAGAAGGUUCUAGAGCUUAGCAAAAAGACACACCCCCUAGGACAUUGUACUGCAGAGAAGGGGGCAUAUGCACCAGAGGAAGAGGAGUGUGCUGGGUCAAUAGGCAGUGAAUCGAAAGGUGGAACUGAAUCUGAGUCACGCUCUGCAGCAAAGGAAUCGAGGGACAAGGACCCACAAGAACCGAUGGCAGAAUUAAAGCUUGGUUCCCUCCCCAGGGAAGGUGGAGAGACUGACCUCUCUCAAGAGCAGGGCAAGAGGUACAGUGCAGCACAAAGCUCCAUCCUGGCAGAAGGCCUGAAAGGGUCAGAAAAACAGGACAUGUGGAAAGGGGAAGCAACUUCCAAUGUGUCAGGAACUGGAAGAGAAACAACUGAGCUGGGAGAAAGAGAAAUGUCAAAAAUGAUUCUUCAGAUGGAAGCCAUAGAGAUUAAACCAACCCCCAUUAGCCCCCCAUGGCAGCAUCCUCCCAGCACGACAGACAGUCCAGAGGAAGAGAAACUAAGCCAGCCCACCGUGGGCGAGCCGCCCCAGGACACAGGCCCUGCUGAGGUCAAGCUGCCCUGGGACGCAGGCCCUAAAGCGGGCGAACCACCCCGGGACGGAGGCCCCAAGGCGAGCGAGCCAUCCUGGGACACAGGCCCUGCUGAGGGCGAGCCGCCCCAGGACACAGGCCCCAAGGCCGGUGAGCCGCCCCAGGACACAGGCCCCAAAGCGGGCGAACCAACCCGGGACGCAGGCCCCAAGGCAAGCGAGCUGCCCCGGGACACAGGCCCUGCUGAGGGUGAGCUGCCCCGGGACACAGGCCCCAAGGCUGGUGAGCUGCCCCAGGACAUAGGCCCUGCCAAGGGUGAGCCGCCCCGGGACACAGGCCCCAAGGCUGGUGAGCCGCCCCGGGACACAGGCCUCAAGGCAGGCGAGCCACCCCAGGACACCGGGCCUGCCGAGGGUGAGCUGCCCCAGAGCACGGGCCCCAAGGCCAGCGAACCGCCCCAGGACACAGGCCCCAAGGCUGGCGAGCCACCCCAGGACACCGGGCCUGCCAAGGCCAAGCCACCCUGGGACACAGGCCUCAAGGCAGGCAAGCCGCUCCCGGACACAGGCCCUGCUGAGGGUGAGCCGCCCCGGGACACAGGCCCCAAGGCCGGCGAGCCGCCCCAGGACACAGGCCAUGCUGAGGGUGAGCCGCCCCAGGACACAGGCCCCAAGGCCAGCGAGCCGCCCCAGGACACAGGCCUCAAGGCAGGCGAGCCACCCCAGGACACAGGCCCCAACGCAGGCAAGCCGCUCCCGGACACAGGCCCUGCUGAGGGUGAGCCGCCCCAGGACACAGGCCCCAAGGCCGGCGAGCCACCCCAGGACACCGGCCCCGCCGUGGGUGAGCAGCCCCAGGACACCGGCCCCGCCGUGGGUGAGCAGCCCCAGGACACCGGCCCCGCCGUGGGUGAGCAGCCCCAGGAUACAGGCCCCGCCGUGGGAGAGCCACUCAGGGACACAGGCUCCAAGGUCAGUGAGCCUCCCCAGGACAUAAGCUUCAAGGCAGAUGAGCUACCCCAGGACAAAGGCCCUGCCACGGGCGAGCAACCGCAGGAUAAACCUCCUUCAGGAGAAGAAACUGAAGCCUUCCCUACAGGCUCUCCUGUAAGAGGAUCACCUCAUGGGGACAAGGAGUUGUCAUGGCCUGUUGUUGCCACAGCUGAAGGCGGGAAACCUACCAACAGGAAACAAAAGCCAGAGUCUGGGCCUUUGAAGUCAAUUGCAGGUGGGGUGAAAGUCGCAUCUCAGGAGCCUGAGGAGGCACCUGUGGAGCUGGCUUCACCCUCCCUCACCACUGGCUGGCAGGGCUCACUGGGGCAUGACAGCGAGAUGUAUGAAAAAACCUCUGUGGCUUCUAAAAUUAAGCUGUUUGAACAAGGUGGCACUUGCGGCCCAGUCUCUGAUGAGCGAAAAAGAGCAGCCCAAGAGCAGCCCCGAGAGAGUGAAACCAAGAGACUAUCUAAACCAACAGAGGUGCAGAUAGAGCCGCCACGGGCCAUGGGCCUAUCCACGUCUCCCACACCCUCGGUCGCUUCAGAUGACAGAGCCAGGCAUGCUGGGGAAGUGUCUGGUGUGGGAUGCCUAAUCACUGCGCAACGGGCAGCCACAAGAGAGUCUUCCCAGCCUCCGUCUUUGAAGGAAGGUGUUUCCACCGAUUCAGAGCACAGAGGAGAAGGCAUCGGGCUUGCUUCCCCUGAUUCCGGCUGUGAAAUCACCCUGACAGAAGCUGUGAGCAAAUCUCAGGAACCAAUUUGGGAAGAAAAGGAUUUAUUUGACCCAUCAGUAAAAGCCGCCCCGAAAGAAGAGGGUUUAAGGACUGCUAUUCCAGUGGUCUCCCAGAAAGCGGGAGCGAGGGAGGGCGCAGAGGAGAAAGCGAAGCCACCUCGGCACAGGGCUCCUGAGAGCGACACUGGGGAUGAGGAGCAAGACCAGGAGAGGGAUUCAGUCUUUCUGAAGGACAACCAUCUGGCCAUCGAGCGAAAGUGCUCGAGCAUCACGGUCAGCUCAACCUCCAGCCUGGAAGCCGAGGUAGACUUCACUAUGAUCGGCGACUUCCACAGCACAGCCUUUGAAGACUUCUCCAGAAGUCUGCCUGAGCUUGAUAAAGACAUGAGUGAGAGGGAAGCUGAAGGUGCGAUUUCCUCCCAGGAUACUGACAAAGCAGCUCCUGGCCUAGAAGAAGAUGCCAAGGAAGGGGAGCAGGGCUCCCACCAUAUCCCAGAAGUGUCCCACUUUGAGUCAUCCGUUCUGAAAACAGAGGCUGUGACUGUCAGCUCGGUGACUGGCACGAAGAAGGCAGAACCAGAGGUCUCCGUGCACCACAGAGUCACCACGGCGGAAACACAGGUCGACAGAGGCACCAUGGGCAGAAAAGAGACAACAGCCACGUCCCACAUCGUCACCACAGAAAGCAUAUCAGUGACCUCAGAUCACAGUACCAAGCCUGGGAAGGGAAUGAGCCCCGCUACCGAACUUCGCUCCAUGUCUCCGAUCACCAGCAGCUCUGCUGGGAAGGAAGUUCUCACCAGCAUAUUUGGUGCCACUGCCGAAACCCUCUCCACCUCCACGACUACCCACGUUACCAAGACUGUGAAAGGAGGGUUUGCAGAGACCAGAAUAGAGAAGCGGAUCAUUAUUACGGGAGAUGAAGAUGUGGAUCAAGACCAGGCAUUAGCUUUGGCAAUCAAAGAGGCAAAACUACAGCACCCUGACAUGCUGGUAACCAAAGCUGUGGUAUAUAGAGAAACAGAACCAUCUCCAGAGGAAAGGGACAAGAAACCUCAGGAAUCUUGACCGCCAUGUUCACAGAAGUUGGCAUCUCUGUUCAAACCCAACUUGGAGAACAAUGAAGAAGGGGCCUUCCUGCUGGAUUCCUCAAUGAGACCUAGAUGUCCUGGCUGCAACGUUAAUGGCGAGAGACAAAAUUUUUUAAAAAAGGAAUAGCAAAUAUAAUAUAUAUAUAUUAUAUAUAUAUACACACACAGGAAACAAAAUGCAUCCUUGCACUGCUGCUAUAUGCUGGAGGUGAAUUGCAAACAGCAACAUCAACAAUAACACAAAACCAACUGCCUACUUUAGCCUUUGCAGACAAAUUGAAGAAUUGACUGGAUUCAUCUGAAAAAAAAAAAACCAAACAAAAAAUCAUGAUAAUAACAAUAAUAUUAUUAACAUACAAUAAACCGCCAUUUUGCAUGUUACAUUUAAAGGACACACAACUCAUGGGUUCAUUUGUUGCACACUGAAUGGAAAGGAAACGUGCUUUGCAACAAAGCAGCAAACAAAAAAACUCCAACAACCCACAAGCAGAUGCAAAACUAUUCCGCACCUAAGGAAAGAAGAGAGAGAACCAUUGAAUUUGUUUGAUUACUUUGUAAUUAUUUUCUGCUUCAGGAUGUGUGGUGAUCAUCCCUCUUUCCCAUUCCAUGCUAGUUCUGUUGCAUCAUUUUUUGGUUCUGUUCUUACACCCCCCCACUUGUCCUUCCUUCUCUUUCCUCUGUCCCCUUGUCCGGUCUCUUGUUCUGCUGAAGGUAAUAAGAACAGAUCUCAUUUAAAACAAAACAAAAACUAUAUGUAUAUGGUUUCUCAUUUAUAAAAAUGCAGUCUGUAGGGGUUUCAUAUGAAUGUGCUUUUAAGUUAUGUAUAUUAUAUAUAACUGGGGGUGUGGAGUGGGGGGUGGGAAACAAUAUUAAAAUAAUUAAACAGUGCUGGUAAGUUUGCUGAUGACAUUUUUAAAUUAUAAUUGUUUGGUUGACUGUGGUUGAUAUACUAUGAGAAUCUUAGCUCACACUGAUAUCCCACAAGAAGAGAACAGGGAACAUUUCAUUAGCCGCUGCUCUUUGAGGGGGUGGGAUGGGACGUUUGCCACUGAGUUGAUGCACUGCGGCAGGAGGGGUUGGUGUAGUGACACAGUGUAUGGUGUUUGUAAUUGGUUGGUUGGUGAUAAGGGAGUGCUCAGCAACAUGGAGGGGUGAGGGACUGGGAAAGAAGGAAUGGACUGCAUCCAUUUACCAUUACCAAAAUGUGCCAGACAGAAAUGUCCCUCCGUGCCCCCAAUCCAAAGAUGCUGAGGUUGUUUGAAGACUCGAGGUUAGACUGUUUGAUUCCCAUGCUUCCAGCGUCCAGGCGUCUUUGACACCUCAGCUCUGGAGCCCUAGCAGCAGUAGAGGUAUCAUAACACACUUGUCAGCAGGUUCUUGAAAACUAGGCACCUGGGCUGAAUUAGGGAUCCACACAGUGAUCCCCCCUAACCCACUGGUCUAGACACUUGUUUUUAGCUUCAUUUCUGAACCUCAGCCCCAGCUUGAGAGCAAGUACCUCUCCACAGCAAGCUGUAUGAUUGCAUUGUGCCAGGGUGGCUGUAGGCUGUGCAACAGCUGCCCUGGCAGGAACAGGCGAAUGGCAGCUCCCCCAUCCCUUUCCUCCAUGGUACUGUCUACCGCUACUCUGGCUUAGGGUUGACUCCUGUCCAUCAACAGUUGAUGAGGAAGAUACCAUGUGACAAAUGUGCAGGGAAUAGCAGGUUUACAGGGCUGGAUAGCAUUGCCCAGUCAUCUAGAACUUAGAGGGCAGAUGCUGAUGAGGCAGCGGGAGGCAGAGAGGCUGCUUUCCUCACAACUGGUCAGAACUUGGCACUUAGAUAAAGUUUUCCUCUGCUGCUGCCUAUGGAGUGGAGAUUUUGGGCCCAGUCUAGGACCUGAGGCACUGUGUGAGACAGGCAGUUAGGGCAGAGUUAGAACCAAAAAAAGAAAAGGAAAUGAACUGAUUUCCAAAUGGAAUUGUCACGAGUUCCUGAAGCUACAGAAGGGUCCACAAACAUUGCACUAUCUUUGUCUUUAUUUCCCCUCCCCACCCACACCCCCCACUUAAUGCCUGGAGAGGAAGCACAUCUAACUAGGCCCCAUGAUGGGAUCUGGGAAUCCUACUGAAAAUGGACAACUUGAAUCUUUAGAAUCAGGUGGGCAUACCCCAUAUGAUCAAUUUCCUACCAUAGCAGGGACUCCUGAGUCUCUGGUGGGCCUUGGUCUUUCCAGUUGGCUUCUACUGUAUCUCCAUGAAGGCUGUUCUCCUUUUGGCAUAUGGGUUUCUCCUGUAAGUAUUAAAGGGAUGAGCACUGGCUCCCUGACAAUAGCACUGAUUCACGUGCUAGUGCCAGUGAGGGUCAUUUCAGGCUUCUGAUGAACCCAAAUGUGUGGUGUUCUCCCUGGAUUCUACCUGAAAGUUCACAGCCACUCAUAACCUGCUGCUUCUUUAGGGACAACACCCACCAAAACCAAAAGGAGUGACAACAAUUACACAUAGACUUUUUUUUUAAAGACAUCCAAGUCAGCUGUAAAAAGCACACGUGUUUUCAGGAAGAGAAGCCCAACUCAGAGGACCUGUUCCCAAGAGCUAGCUGUGCAAGGCAUUAAGCCUGUCUGUUCUGCUAUCAGAGGGGGUACAUUCCCCCAUGCAUCACACUGGCUGUUUGACACAUUUUGAAUUUCAAACAAAAAAAAGGCUGGUAGAAACUUGAUGCCAUUAAAAUUGAAUUAGAGGCUACUUUGAAACUCCAGGAGCCUCAUUCCUAUCUCCCUCAUGCUAGUGUAAAAUCUGGAGUCACUCCAUUAAAAACAGUGGAGUUGCACUGCUGCAAAAUUAGUGGAAGUGAGAUUAGAAACAGAGCUUGCAUGUUCAGAGCUAAAAAACAGUGGACCUGUUUCUCUGGAUUUCUCACAGUGAGUAACAAUUGGGUGGGGGGGAAAUGAGUCUUUUGCUCACCUGGCAAGAUGUGGAUUUUAUAGAUAUAUAUAAUCCACACCCUGUCAGGUAAGCAAUAGACUCAAGCUUUUUCUUUAUAUAUUUUAAUAUAUCUAUAUUGUUUGUGAUGGUUUGAAGCCAUGCAUCACACUAAGGCCUUGGCUUCCUCCCACCUUCUGCAUCACUGUCGCUGACAUUUCAGAGUUUUUCUUUUCACUAUUUUUCUUUUUUUCUGGGACCUUUCCGUUGAAGUGGGUGGGAGACACGAGUGCCUGUUUGUCUCUAAAUCUGCAAGUUCAUUUCAAAACUGGCCUGCAAUUGCAUGAGUGAUGAUAAUACUAAACAGGAUUUUUAUUUGAAAAGCACCUUACCAACCAACUGCAAUGCUCUGUCGUUCCUUCACUAACUCUCCGUCCCUCUUCCCCUGUUCCUCUUCUCCCCCUCACCCCUUUCAAUCAUCUUCUUUUUCAGUGCUUGGUGGUGUAUGCGUGUGUGCUCACUGUUCUUGUAUUCAAUAAAAGUGAAAUAAAUGUGUUUGAUGCU